ACCUUUAAAUGAAUUUAAAGCUGCGUCGACUGGAAAAAGACCUGCCCCUUUAAGUGGGAGGUGAAUGGCAGGGACACAGAAUGUUGGAAACAAAAUACCAGAAAGUCAGGGAGAGACUGCAGGGAAUUGACGGUGUGUUGAUAGCUUACAUUGGUUUACUUUAAUCAUUGCUGUUGUUGCAUUGUAGGUUGACUAUCUGACAUAGUCGUACUUUAGUGACUCUGCGACAUACAAGUGUUUAGUGGAACAACGCUUCCAGUGCUGUGAAAUAACAAAUUGCCCAUUCAAAAAACAGGAGAGGAAAAAAGUCCGCACAGAACGGGUUUCCCUGGAGUGGAUGUGUCAGCCUGCCCCCCCAUCCCUGCAUCUUCAGGCCAAUGGCAGCGUGACCAUGGUGGGUGUGGGCGUGAAGCUAGAGGAAGAGGAGGGGCCUGGAGACGGGGGAGAUCUGGGACUGGAGCCCCAGCGAGUCUCGCCCUGCGAUUGGUCCAUGCAGCCGCCCAAUGAGAAAGCAGAGAGGCGCAUGGGAACCCCGACCAGCACGCACUCAUCCACAGAGGGCUCUCCCAGGAGGGAACAGGCACGCCGGCCGAGCUCUCUGGGCCAGGACGGGGGAAGGGGGAGUCACUACCGAGUGGACGUGCAGCCCAUCGUUGGCGAAGUGGUGCCCACUAUUGAGAAGCUCCUGGGCUGUGACUGGAGGGAACGCUUUUUGGGGAAGGGAGCAGUGAGCGGCACUCAGCUGAAAGGCACGCCGGAGAGCCUGGCAGAGAAGGAGCUGCAGCUGCUGGUGAUGAUCAACCAGCUGUCCACCCUGAGGGAGCAGCUCCUGGGCGCCCACUCGGAGCAGAGGAACAUGGCCGCGCUGCUCCUGGAGAAGCAGCAGCAGCAGAUGGAGCUGGCCCGGCAGCAGCAGGAGCAGAUCGCUAAGCAGCAGCAGCAGCUGAUCCAGCAGCAACACAAAAUCAACCUGCUGCAGCAGCAGAUACAGGUGAACAUGCCUUACGUGAUGAUCCCCGCCUUCCACCACAACACGCAGCCUCUCCCCGUCACCUCGGACACACACCCGCAGAUGACCCUGCCGCUCCAGCCAAUCCCCUGCAAGCCAGUUGAGUAUCCCAUGCAGCUCCUUCAGAACCACCACCCCGCCCCAGGAAAAAGUGGUACAGUCCACCGACAGGAGACGAGCCAGCCGCUCAACCUGACCUCCAAACCGAAAGGCACGCCCAGCCCCCAGAGCCUGGAGCUGCCCUCCGUCCACCUGCGGGGCCUGGAGCUCUCCUCUGCACACCUGCAGGGGGGGUACGGACCCCGAGACCUGCAGCACAGCCCGCCGCAGCCCGCCCUCAGCCUGGGGUUUUUGGGCGAGGGCGACGUGGUGACCCAGGCUAUCCACGACGCCCGCCAGCUGCUCAGGGGUCCCGGGCCGGCGGGCCGCGAGAGGGACCGGGACCGGGACCAGGACCGGGAGAGGGACCUGCUCGCGCGGAAGGAGGCGUCCCGGGUCGAGAGGCUGACCCCCAGGGAGAGGGGCGGAGACCCCCAGGGCCACAGACCCGGCGAAGAUCAUCACAGCAGCGACUCUGAGGGUAGGCCCGCCCCCUGCGUGCGCAAUUCUACAUGUUUUAAAAAAACAGUUUUUAAAGCGGGGUGCCACCUGCUGCAGCACUGGCACAACGGACAGAUGCCAGGGGGGCCCCCGGCCCCGGCCCGCCCCGCUCCGUCCUCUUCCUGCCUGCGCGGCGGCGCCAUCGCCCGCCACCGCGCCGCUAAAACCACAGACACUUCCCGCCCCUUUCCCGCCCCCGCGGCGCCCCCUGCAGGCUCCCGCUGGAAGUCCAUGUCCAACCAGGAGAAGCAGCCGUACUACGAGGAGCAGGCGCGGCUCAGCCGCCAGCACCUGGAGCGCUACCCCGACUACAAGUACAAGCCCCGCCCCAAGCGCACCUGCAUCGUGGAGGGGCGUCGGCUGCGCGUGGGCGAGUACAAGGCCAUGAUGAAGAGCCGUCGCCAGGAGCAGCGCGGGUCGUACCCUCCCAGCCAAUCAGAUCAGCAGCUUCACUAUCCAUCCGGUGACGUCCAGUACCCCAGCCCGCCCGUGUCCAUGGCAACGCUCCCCCUGCACCCCGCCCUCCUGGAGAGGUACCUGCCCCGCGGUGUGGAGCCCCAGCAGGCCCGGGUCGUAGAAGGACAGGGGGGCCCCCCGGAGAGGCACCCCUACAGCGAGGGGGAGGACAGUGACGCGGGUGAGCGCAGCGAGGGAGAGCUGGUGGUCCUGACCGACUGACUGAGGGAGGGCGGGACGGAGGGAGAGGGGCGUAGGGGUCAAGGGUCAGACCCGCCCACCGCAGAGAGUGACGGGCACAAUCGUUUCGGGGUCCCAGUGGCCCCCCACUUCAGGGCUGACCGGCAGCACGGUGUGUGCUUCUGGGGGGUGUGAAGACACGGCUGUUUUUGGGCAGAAGCACACCGUCGUUUAGAAAAACCUUUUUUUAAGAAAUGUUUUUGCUUAUUCGUUUAAAUUUGCAUAAAUUGAUCGUUAUAGAUAAACUGAACAAUCCUUUUUUUUUGCGGAUUUUAGUUCAUUGCGGUAAGAAUUUGAAAAGCGUGAGCAGGGCUUGCUGGCAUUAGCCGAUCAAAAAGCAGGAAGUUGCUCCUUACUGACCUCAUCACAGUCCGAGUUACAUGUUUUGUACACGAAUGCUUUUUUGUUAUUGUGAUGUCGAGGAGAAGCAAAUGUGAUGGACUUACAGGGGGUGGACAUCAUUAUAAAAGACUCAUAAAACUGCAUGCGAUGUAAAAUCCCAUCUGAUCUCACCUCAUAUCACCUCUACUGCAAGUCUGUUUUUCUCUCACAACAACUGUUUUAUUAAACAAAAAAGUAUUUCCAUAAAAGCUCCAAAAGAAAAUUUGAAAACCCAGGGAAAACAUUCGGUUGGACGAAACAUCUAUGUUUGUUUCAUUUUUUUUAUCGCCCAGCUAUUUGAACCAUGGUACAUCAGGCAGUUUCCUGGGGGAACAUUUUUAACUUUUGGUUUUUUUCCCUGUAACCUUCAUAACUAAUAACCAAUAUAAAUUACCGUAAAAGUGUAUAACUGUAUGGUAAUUUACUGAUCACAUUUUUUGAAAUAAGCACUUCUUUUAACCCCUGCUCUUUUAAAAAUUUGUCUUCAUAAAUCCUUCAAUUACUUCAAAUUCUCCAAAUUCCUCUGCUGUAUUAUGUAUAGCUGGGCAACCUCCCCCCACCCCCCCCCCCCACCCCACCCUCCCCUAAGCCCACAGGUCAGAUGCAUUAAUCUCAUUAAUCUAAAACAGUACUGGCAGUCACCUCUUUGUGCACCCUGUGAUUUUAUAUCUUGGCCCACCUAGCUGUUUUCCAUCAAUCUCUUGUUUUCCCGUUUAAUGCCACAAAGGAUUCUGGGAGACAUCAGUUCCUUAAAGGAUGAGACGCGUGCGCUCUGUCCUGGUCUCUGGGAGCAAACUGCCAAACCCAAGCAGUUUGGCUUGAAGCAUUUUAUCAGUUUGUUUGUUCUUAUCUUAUCUGUUUUUAAUGUCUUUGGUGAUGUAAGAGGCAGAGGCUCCACACGGCAGUCCACUCUGCUCGAUGGGAAACUUUGGUGUGUUGCUUAAAAUGGCAGCCAAUCGCAACUAUGCAUUACGGACUAUUCUGCCAGUAUUGGUGGAAAGCGUUCCAUCAUUAUUUCAUAAGCUUACAGGAAAAUGGGUGUCGCUAAAUUUGUUUGGUUCAUGUUUGAACCAUUUUCAAAGUGGUUGGCAGUGAUAUCCAAGGUUUUUGUUUGCACCCCCCCCCCCCAACUAUGUGGUAAAUGCCACUCUUUUCUUUUUUCUUGCAGACAAACAGACCUUAGUGCUAUGUUCUUCACGCAUAUUAUUGAAUUUGUGAUGUAAAUGUCAAUGUUCAACUUCACAUGAGACAAAAAAGUUAUUCAAUUCAAAAUGCUGUCGGUUAUUCAAACAACUGUAAUGCUUUGGUUUUUUUCCCCCCCAAUGCAAAUUUGUUCUCUUUGCCUACAUUGUGAUACUGCCAUUGUCUUUACCUGUUUGCAUUUAAAAAUUGGAGAAAAAUGAAAGACUGGAAAAGCCAGGCAGUGAUGAAGUUUUACUCAGAAAUUAAAUUUUGUGAGUACAGAAUGUGGGACUUCUACCAAGUCCUGCUUCUGGCUUUACAAAGGAAUUGGUGUAGUUUGUAGUAUUAGUACUGUCUGUCUGGAGCCCUGACGAACCAGGUUUGUACUGGAUUGCGAGGUACAGCUGGGUGGUUAAUAAUAAAUAUUGUGGUUUGAGCUGAGGUAGGGAAGUGUGUCCGUUUAGAGGGAAGAGGAGAACAGUACAGCUCCUGUUUGAGAGAUUUUUGUACAUGCAGUAAAGGAAAUCUAAAAAAAAAAAUUAAAUUUUUUUUAAAAAAAGACCAUCUAUUAUAAAAUACUCCGGACGUUCUGUUUCUGCAUUCGGUGUGGGGAACGGCUUCCCCUUUGGAUCUUUCAGGAAAGAGCGCCCCCUGCUGACGGGAACGAGGGCAACGUUUGUUUUCCCGCGCGCAUUUUCACGUCUCAUCAACCGUGGUCGAGAGAAUGCAGUUCUCCCUGUGGUAUCAGUCCUUUCACAUCAACAACACUAUGGGGAGUGUUUUUUUUUUUUGUUUUUUAAUCAUAUUUUUUUUCUGAUCCUGUCUUAGUAGAACGUCUCCCACGAUGUUGUGUUGUGGCCCAGACUUAUGUUUAGGGCAGGGUCACGAGUAAGGUGAAUGGCGACUAGAGAACAUUCAGGUCGGUGGAUGAGGAGAUCACUAUAAUAUUCCACUCAGUACAUGCCUGCACAAUAUUAUGCAUAAAAUGGACCCCCUGGUACGCCCCAUAGCGCUUGACCAUGACUGGCACUGCCCAUGUUGGUCUUCAGAAAUUUUUCUUUGUAGAAAUUUUUUUAAAAUCCUUUUAUCUAGAAACUACUGUUAUUUUUAGCUGUCCUUUCAAUGCACUAGACCUGGGUCAAAUGUGUAUUUAAAGUAUUGAAAUGGCUUUUUAUCUGAAAAAAAAAUUAUGUCUGAUUAAAGAAUUUUAAAAUUCAUUAUUUACAAAUACAUGGCAUUUGAACAUUUAAAUGGAUUUUGGAAAUAUUUGUAUUUACAGUUACAAAGCCACCCUUGGUAGUUGUAAGUGCCUAGCCUAAAAUAGCAUCGUUGUUGCACUUUUUUCAUUCCAAAUUGACAUGAAAGCAGAACAAUUUUUCAAAACAUUUUAAAUACCUCAAAUACAAAAUGUGUGCUUGGGCCAGUGAAUUGGUAAACAUUUUCUUUUCAGUUGCAUAGUAUUUAAAUACACAUUUAUUUGACCCGGGUCUGGAAUCCUCCCAGCAACUUGAAUGGGCAGUAUAGCAGUGUCACAGUUUCUAAAGCAACCAUAGAUGGGAUAUUAUGAGGUUUUCGGAUGGUCGUAAAAAGAUUAGAUCUUUUUUUUUUUUUUUUUGUCCUUGAGGGUCACUUAUUUUACUCAUGUAGCAAGCUUGCACUCUGUAAAGAUAAGACUGCCUUGUGUAAUCAAACAAAAUAUCAGAAACCAAAAAUGAAACGGAAACCACCUUAUACCAUAAUUUGGCCAACUGCUGUAAAACCUCUUGCUGUAAAUAUAGAUAUAGACUUCUAUUUUGUUUAUAAGAGCCUGUGUAAUUUAAAGGUGUACAUUUCUUGGUAACUUUUCCCCAAGCUUUGUGUUUGUUUUUGAACGUAAUAAAUAAAUUUGUAUUGUUGUGCUA